GUUAAACCCUACACAUAGUCUUAACCGCUUCUCGUUUGAAUGUGUUACUUUCACAUUUGUACUAUAUUCUUCAAUUGGGCAUCGCUGGAUUCAGAUUCUUCUCAUCACUUCCUAUCAAAGUGACUCAGACAGGAAGCUAUUAGUCAUUGAUUAUGGCAAACGACGAGCUUGUGAAGCCUGAGAACCCUCCCUUGUCAUUCAGACAAGAUCACUUCACUGGAAUCCGACACAACUUUGAGCUGUUUCCUACUCAUGACUACAACUCCGCAUUCGAACAGCUACUCGACAUCAAUCUCCAGAUAGGUGUUCCUUAUGAGGAAAACGAGGUCUGGAACCAGUUCCAAGAACACAAAGCCAUGGCUCUUCAUCCCAACGAUGAAACCGAGGAAGAAGCGGUUUUAGUAGCUUCUUCAGUCUGUUUUCGUUGUCAGCAAAGCCUUCAACUUCAUCUGUUUCUCCUGCUUGCUUCUCAAGUUUCUAGGACACUUGUGUCUCAGCUCGUUUUCGGUUCUAAGAUUUGA